AUGGGCAUCCUCGAUCUCGCCGACGAACUUCUUCGAAUCAUACUCGAGCAUGUUGCGUCUGAACCAGAAAAACUAAUCAGUCUUGAACGCCGCGCCUAUCUCUCCCAGGAAAGCUUCAGACCCCCGCCCCCGCCCGAGCAGGACCAGGCCCUGACCAUCGCAAACUUCCGUCUCACAUGCAGAAGGUUCUCCAGACUGGGCGCCAUACAUCAGUUCUCACGCGUUACGACGAGGUUCUCGCGGCGGGGGCUGAGGCGUUUGGAAAAUAUUGCUAGCCAGCCGCAUCUGGCUGAACGUGUGAAGAAGUUCAGUUAUAUGGUACCGUUCUUCUACGUUGAAGGCCGGGAGCGUGUGCAAGAACUGCUUCCCAAGCUGCCAGAAGGCGUCGGGCUCCUGGACGCUGGACACUUUGUGGAGAAGGUGAACGAGCAGAAACAUAUUGUGCGGACACGGGAGGAUGCUCGCGUCUUGAACUUGGCCAUAUCCGCCUUCACAUCGCUUCAGCAUGUUCAGAUUCUCCGGGUACAGGACAGAGAAGACGGAGCCCUCAUAUCUUACAUCCGACAACACGAUGAGCUGAAUCAGUUGGUCGAGUUGAAGUGGCCACCAGCCUGCCUGCAUUCCACAAAGACGAUCGGCGCAGCAAUACUCGCAUCGAGAUCGCCUUGCUCCCGUUUCUCAUCACCCAUGCUAAGCCCUCAGAGCGUUCUCGGCGCUGUCAAUAACCCACCAACGACACUGGGCGUUCUUGCUGAGCGUCUGACAUGUCUGGAAUUACACUUCGACGACGGUACAGAUUUAGACAAUCGAAUGAGAGAGCUUUCGUCCCUGUCAAAAGCAAUUUUCACCGCCGCCAAGAACAUCGAAGCCGUACACAUUGGCUUCCCCUCCCACAGGCCACUAACCUUGAGACUGGAAGAAAUAUUCCACAACGUGAAAUGGGACAAGCUCCAAGCUUUUGGCAUCCAGGCCUGGCGACUCGACGCAGACGAGAUCAUCGGCCUGGCCCGACGGCAUCGAGAGACACUACGCGGUCUGAGACUCCGAGACGUGCUGCUCAAGCAAGGCAGUCGGUGGAAAGACGUCCUCGUCUAUCUCCAAGAGAGCAUGCCAAGACUAGAUUGGGUCAGCCUCCGGCGCAUCGACUACGAGCAGCACUUUGACCAACAAUGGAUCGUCGGCGCCGAAGUACCCGACGACCCCCUAAUAGGGAGCGACAGCAGCGACGAAAGCGACGACUGGGACCCCUACGACGACGAGCCAGACGACGCGCCGGACGAUUACCCCGACCACGAGGCCGACGCGAGCGACGGCUCUAUAGCCGACUCGGACUCGGAUGCCGGGACCGAAGAACCCGAAGAAGGUGGAAAUUUGCACUUCCCGCCCAUGUCACCGGGCACACCCUCGUCGGUCCCGUGGUGCAAUUGCAACGGUCACAUGGAUAGUGUGGAUGCCCUCGGCGACGACGGCGUCAUGGUGACCUACCAGCAGAGAAAGUUCUGGGAGAAGUGGGUGGUGAGGAAAAUCUGCACCGAGCAGCACGGAAGCAAAUGA